AUGGUGACUCAGAAUCAAGGCAAAAUGCCUCCCCAAGAGAGGAAGAACAUGCAAGUGAGGGAACUUUCACUCUCACAGACCUUGUUGCAGCUAUCCAUGUUAUGGGGGGAAACCCAGAAGGAGAUUGUGGACACAAUCAAGGAACUGAAAAGUUCAGUCUUCAAGCCAAACGAAGAAAACGGGAAAACCUCCCAAGAAGAAUCUAAUGCUGCUGGAAAGGGUUCUGAACAAAAGGGGCCAUCUUUUGUUGACAGGACCCGCCCCAAAAAGUCGACGGCAGUGGCCGGAAUCGGAGGCCGAAAACCGGCCAAACUCCUAUCGCUUAUUUGA